GCUCGGCGCGGUGGGCGCGGGGCUGAUCUCGGUUCUCUCCGCUGUUUCAUCGCGCUGCGGUGCCUGCGUCAACCCGGAGCGCCGUUCGCUGUGGUGAACACCUCAGCUGUGAGGUUGAUGCUGAGUUAACGAGGCCUUCGUUCGGCGCGGGUCGGGCCGCUUUUCCGCAGGCCGGGCAGGGGGAGCAGCGCAGCCCCGCCCCGUGCUGUUAUUUCCUCCCUUCGGAUGCCGUUAUCGCGGCUCCCGGCCUUCGGGGCGGUGCCGGUGUUGCUGGCUGUGACGCCCGCAAAGCGGGGAUUUCCCAAACCCUAAGGCAGCGGGAUCGGGUGGCGCCAAUGUGCGCCGUGCCGUCUGGAGGCGGUGCCCGGCUCCCCGCAGAGUACCGGGCAGAGCCUGAGCAGCUUUUUGUUCCCCUUCUGCACGGCGUGGAGGAAGAUGAAGCCCUUUGGAAAAGUGCUCUGUGCUGCAGGGAGCCUGGCUGUGCUGCUUGCCUUCUUCUGGAGGGACACCUUCCAGCCAGAGCAGCUUUCUGGUGCCCGCGUCCUGCUGACCGGAGCCAGCGCAGGGAUUGGGGAGCAGAUGGCCUAUCACUACGCCACGUUUGGGGCUGAAAUUGUUCUGACUGCCAGGAGGGAAGCUGUGCUGCAGGAGGUGGUGGAGAAAUGCCUGAGUCUCGGAGCAAAGAAAGCCUUCUAUAUCCCAGCUGAUAUGUCUUCCCCUUCCGAGCCUGAUAGGGUGCUUCGGUUCGCCGUCCAAAAGCUGGGAGGGCUGGAUUACCUGGUGCUGAACCACAUUGGCAUUUCCCCUUUCCAGAUGUGGGGUGGAGAUGUGGAGCACAGCCGCUGGCUCAUGGAGGUGAAUUUCUUUAGUUACGUGGCGCUCGCAACAGCAGCUCUGCCCACCCUGGAGAAGAAUCACGGCUCGGUGGUGGUGGUUUCUUCCCUCACAGGGAAGAUUCCCACUCCUUUCACCACUUCGUACUCAGCCACAAAGUUUGCACUGGACGGAUUCUUCAGCUCCCUGCGCCACGAGCUGAUGAUGCAGGAGAGGAACGUCUCCAUCACGCUGUGCAUCCUGGGCCUCAUCGACACGGCCACGGCGCUGGAAAAGACCCGGGGCAAAGUCUUCAUCACUGCUUCUCCUGCGCCAGAAGCGGCGCUCGCCAUCAUUCGCGGCGCUGCCGCCCGCCUGCCGGAGCUCUUCUACCCGUGGUGGCUGCGGCACGUGCACGGCCUCUGGGUGCUGCUCCCCAACCCCCGCGUGCUGCAGAGCUUCUACAACCACAGCGCUUCGAACCACGGCAGCCCCUGACGGCGCGGGGAUCCGCGUGCAGUGAUCGCCCCCCCAUCUUCCUCCAGACCCCGCAGCCGCCCCCCUCGCUCCGCCCCACAGGCUCGGUUGUGUCUCGCGUUCUCCGCCCGGGGCCGGGCCUGAAAGGAGCGAAGCCGGUUGCCCUCAGCCGCUGCCUCGGGGCGCCCCGUGCG